UUGGAUUUCUGCGUUUUAAGCUUUCAAUAACUGGUAGAAUCAAAGGAGUCUCGGGUUCUCUCUCUCCUAUCAAUUAGGGCUUGGUUUGUUUGUGCUUUGGGCGCUUGGAAGGGAGAUGGCGACGGCGGUGGUACCGGCGAACAGAGGGCGCGGCGGCGGAAGGAUGGCGGAGGAGGACGAGGAGAAGCUGGUGUUCGAGACGAGCAAGGGCGUGGAGCCGAUCGUGACAUUUGACGAGAUGGGGAUAAAGGACGAUCUGCUCCGGGGGAUCUACAACUACGGCUUCGAGAAGCCCUCCGCGAUACAGCAGAGGGCGGUGCUUCCCAUAAUCCAAGGCCGCGAUGUCAUCGCCCAGGCCCAGUCCGGUACAGGCAAGACCUCCAUGAUUGCCCUAACUGUUUGCCAGAUGGUCGACACCUCCUCCCGAGAGGUCCAAGCAUUAAUACUGUCACCUACAAGGGAACUGGCAUCUCAAACAGAGAAAGUCAUAUUAGCCCUUGGUAAUUUUAUUAAUAUACAGGCCCAUGCAUGCAUUGGAGGUAAAAGCGUGGGCGAAGAUAUCAGAAAACUAGAAUAUGGAGUUCACGUGGUGUCUGGAACUCCAGGUAGAGUUUGUGACAUGAUCAAGCGGAGGACUUUACGGACCAGAGCUAUCAAACUGUUGGUUCUUGAUGAGUCUGAUGAGAUGUUGAGCAGGGGUUUUAAGGAUCAAAUUUAUGAUGUCUAUAGAUAUCUUCCACCAGAGCUUCAAGUUGUUUUGAUAUCUGCUACGCUUCCUAAUGAGAUUUUGGAGAUUACAAGCAAAUUUAUGACAGAUCCUGUUAGAAUCCUUGUGAAACGUGAUGAGUUGACGCUUGAGGGUAUCAAGCAAUUUUUUGUUGCAGUAGAAAGGGAGGAGUGGAAAUUUGAUACUCUGUGUGAUCUUUAUGAUACUCUUACCAUCACCCAGGCUGUUAUUUUCUGCAACACGAAGCGGAAGGUUGAUUGGCUAACGGAGAAGAUGCGUAGCAACAACUUUACUGUCUCUUCAAUGCAUGGAGAUAUGCCCCAGAAGGAGAGAGAUGCAAUUAUGUCAGAGUUCCGAGCUGGUGAAACCCGUGUACUGAUCACUACAGAUGUUUGGGCUAGAGGCCUGGAUGUUCAACAGGUUUCCCUGGUGAUCAAUUAUGACCUUCCAAAUAAUCGAGAGCUUUACAUUCACCGUAUUGGGCGGUCUGGACGUUUUGGACGCAAGGGUGUUGCGAUCAACUUCGUCAAAAGUGAUGAUAUCAAGAUUCUGAGAGACAUUGAGCAGUAUUACAGUACUCAGAUUGAUGAAAUGCCAAUGAAUGUGGCCGAUCUGAUAUAAGCUUGUUAAUUAUGCGAGGACAGGAUUUGAGUGCGGUUUUUGGACUGCUUGCGUCGCGUGUUUCGCAUAUGUGAUUCGUGCUGGUGGUCUGCAAUUACAGGAUUUGUAACGAAAGUAGCCGUUUGAAUGAUAUUGCGAGCCUGUGUUGAGUCAGUAGGUUUCUAAUGUUGCAUUGUGACAUAAUCUUCUCAAGGGCACAACAUGGAAAGUGAUCUUGUCAUUUAAUCCAGUCCAGGUUUGAUGUGCCCCACAAAUUGUAGAAAGGCAUUCUCUCUGUUUUUACUUUCUGACUUGACUUUUUUAACACUUGUGUGCAUUUUUUAUGUUGAUGCC